UUUCGCCCGUAGUCAGCUGGGAUAGGCUCCAGCUUGCCUGCGACCCUGUAGAACAGGAUAAGCGGCUACAGAUAAUGGAUGGAUGGAUAGUUUUAUUAUCUAGUAAAAUGUGUUUAUUAUACUGACUUUUCAUGAACUUUUGUUGAUUACUUUUAAAUUAUCUCUUCAUUGUGUAAUUUAUUUUGUAAAUGAUUUAAUGUUUGUGUGUAUGGAUAUAUGUUUUGGCGUUGUGCUUUGUUAACUGUGCUACUGCCUGUUUUGGCCAGGACGCACUUGGAAAAUAGAUUUUUAAUCUCAAUGAGUCCUUCCUGGUUAAAAUAAGGUUAAAUAAAAACCAACCAACCAAACAAUGCUGUUUCCUUUCAUUAGAUGAAGUUAGAAAUGUAGAGGUACAUUGUGCUAUAAUGCUAUAAUAUCUGGUUGAGAUAUUUGCAAAAGAGAUACAUAUUUCAGUUCAGGAAAAACACCUAGUUUUCAGAACUAUAUAAAGUAGAAAAUAUCAGCAGGUUGUUGACCAUGUGAACGGUUUUUCCAGGCUAACACACAUAUUGUAGUGUCACGUGACACAGUUCUACUUUUUUCCCCCUCUUCCACUGUGCAACCCGUGUGCCAGUCGUGUGUCAGUGUAUGUGUGUGUGUGCUGUUAUUCACUCACACACACACACACACACGCGCGCACACACCUGUUUUACAUAUUGGACUCAACUCCGACGAAGGUGGUCACUGUGGCUGAUUUAUGAAGGUAUUAACAGCACGAUGGGACACAUGAGUCUCCUGAUGUGUUUAAUAUGGAUCCAGAUAACGUUCAUGAUUGGAGAGCCUCUUUGUAGCAGAACCCUGCAAUUUGUGCCUAGCAGCACUGAGACAGAUGUGAGGGGAGGCCUUGGCUCUAGUAUUGAACUGAACUGCACAGUUCUGAUAAACUACAGCAACAACAGUGAGUCUGAAUGUAAGGCCCAUCUGCAUUGGAGCAAAGAUGGAGAACCUCUCCCUAGCCCUGGUUCCUUCACCCAGAACACCUCCCAGUGGUUUACAGAUGAAGACCACCUGAUGGUGAGCAGUGUUCUGACUGUGAGCCUGAAGGAAGAGUCAGAUUUUGGUCACUACUCGUGUGAAAUAUGGAACAGUACAACAACCUUCAGGCUUCGAAGCUCCAUCUUCCCCAGUCACACAAGGGCAGUGUUGGCAUCCCUGGUUUUGUUCAUAAUGUUAGUCUUGGGUGCUGUAGUGUAUUCAAAAUGCCACCUCAACUUCAAACUCUGGUAUAAAAACUCAUAUGGUGAUUAUGAAAUCAAUGAUGGCAAAAUUUAUGAUGCCUACAUUUCUUACAUAAAUGAUAAGAAUGACCAGAAGUUUGUAAAUUUUAUUCUGAAACCUCACCUGGAGAAUAAGUAUGGGCACAAAUUACUCCUUAACAACACAAACAUCCUCCCUGGAGCAGAGCCAUCUGCAGAGUUGGUUAUGAACAUUAGUCGCUGCCGGCGGCUCAUCGUCGUGCUAUCAGAGGCCUAUCUACAGCAGGAGUGGUGCAUUACCAACUUCAGACAGGGCUUAUUUCACCUGUUGGAGCUGACUCAGAAGCCCAUCUUCAUCAUCUUUCAGUCUCAGCAGAAGCAUGUGAGUGUAGACGUCAUCCAGCAACUACAGGAUCACCAGGCACGAAUCACGACUCUCAUCUGGGGAGCACAGUCCAUUACCCCAUCAUCUGGAUUUUGGAAGGUACUCGCCUUGGCCAUGCCCCGUAAAGUGGUGUUCCACAGUCAGCUGCCUGGAGAUCCUCAGAUUCUGCUCCAGGGGGAUAGAGACCCCAUGCUCACAAUGCAGCCAGACUACCUGGACUGCAGACCUGAUCCAGACCCUGAAGGAGAUCUGGGCUUACGGUUCCCCGUCUAUAAAGCAAUGUCCCGGGAUCAUGUUCUCCCACCAACUUCUGAUCCAGUGUCUGAAGCCAAAACCCCUGAGAUCGAUGUGUCUGACCUAGGCUCCAGGAACUACGCUGCCCGAACAGAUUUUUACUGCCUGGUUACUGAUGAUAUUUGAACCUGGAACCCCUGCACCUUGUUUCUCUUUCACACCAAUUAGUUCAGAGCAGAACAGAAGCUCUAGCCUAUUUCAGUGGCCACUCUUUUUUGUGUUUCAAAAAAUGUAUGUGUGUUAGGAAACUGCAUUUGACCAGAUUAGAGCAGCACAAGUCAUUUACAAGGACUUGAGUUGAACUAAUGUCUGCACAGAGCAUCCAAGUCAUUGGUCUUUAAAAAGUGCUAUAUUAAAAAUUACAUUUAUUGGCUGGUUAAGCUGUUAAUUUUGUGAGGUUAUAGUUCAAGUAAAGUACUAUUGUAUCGUUUUUGGGGUUUUUUUUGCCUUUACCUGUCUUUUAGUUUCAGCACAGAAGUGUUGAAGUGCACCAUAUUGCUAACAUUUCAUAUUAGUUGAUGUAUAUAGCUUUUAUAUUUGUACAUACUUACAUUACGUUAAUGGCAUUUAGCAGACACUCUUAUCCAGAACGACGUUCAACAUACCCAGGGCAGUCUGGGGAGCAGCUGGGGGUUAGGUACCUUGCUCAAGGGCACUUCAGCCAUUCCUGCUGGUCCAGGGACUUGAACUAGCAACCUUUUGUUCCCAAACCUGCUUCUCUAACCAUUAGGCCAUGACUCCCUCCCCAUUUAAUACUUCAGUUAAAUGUUUCCAAAUAAAUUAAUUUUGUUGGCUGUGCACUGUGAAAGGGGAUUUCAGGUUCUGCUUGGUUAGCCUGCAUGGCACACUAUAGCAAGACACCAGAUCCUUAAAGGUCAACCACAGCCACAUUAAUUUGCAUAUUCUGUUUUCAGAGCCAAUUAUAGAAGUGUGUGCUGGGCUUCAUUUGAAUUAUAUUUACAUUUUUGACUCUGUGAGCCUGUACGUUCCUGUGUUUGGUCAUGUGCAGUGCAUACAGUAAUCAACUAAAUCUUUUUGAACAAAUCAUUAAAG